CACUGUUAGCUCAGCCUCCUCCCCGGUGCUGGUCUGCAUACUUGAUGCUUCCCCAAAGGGUACUUUGACUCUGCUCUCUGCCAAAGGGCGGGCACUCCUGAAAAAAGCUGAGGACAACAAUGACACCCUGGACAUGGCUAUUGAUGAAAUAAAAGUAUGCCGUCCCUCGGCAUCUCGAGCUGGUGAAUCACACCAGACUGAAACGACACUGGAGCUGUCUCUUUAAAACUCGAGCACGCUACCGGGCAAACUCCUCCUCCUGGGAGGUUCCUUUAAAUGAGAGCCAGCUGGCCCAGCCACCGGUUUACACCCGGAGCAACCCCGGCAAUUGAGGAUUCCUCCCCGGGAGGCAGCUGCCUGUCAGCAUGGCUCAAGAGUUUGUGAACAGCAAAAUCCAGCCUGGGAAGGUGGUUGUGUUCAUCAAGCCCACCUGCCCCUACUGCAGAAGGACCCAGGAGCUCCUCAGCGAAUUGCCCUUCAAACAGGGGGCUUUGGAGUUUGUCGAUAUCACAGCCACCAGCGACACAAGCAAGAUCCAAGAUUAUUUGGAAACGCUCACAGGAGCCAGAACGGUACCUCGGGUCUUUAUCGGUAAAGACUGUAUUGGCGGAUGCAGUGAUCUGAUAGAAAUGCAUCAGAGAGGAGAACUGCUGAAGCGGCUGAAUGAGAUCGGAGCUUUACAGUAGUUGUAGGACAGACCCCAGGAGGCUAUCCCCCUGAGAGCUGGAUGGCACUUCAAAUGACAACCACACUUCCUGGCAGAUGGAUCUGGAGCUAAAAGCCACAGCAACUGGUUAUUUAAAAUUCCGAAAUAUGUUAACAAAAAAAAGGGGGGGUGGCAAAAAGAGCUUUUUCUUCUUUUGAUUCAGUAUUAAAAGUGGACCAACUUGCCCCAAACCACAGGUCUGAGAAGGUUGAUGGAUAUCUUGGGUUUCUUCUUGAUUGGCCCUUUGGUUUCCAAAAGACCAUGACGAUUGAUGGCUUAGGAUUCACUCAACGACCCAAAAGGUCUUCUUUCUCUUUGGCACAUGUCUCUUUCUAACUGUUCUCCAUAUGCCAGGACACGUCUACCUCUAAGCCAAUGUUUCUCAACCAACUUUAUCCCAGGCCCCCUAGGAUGAAUCUGUAAUUGGUUUUCUGCUACUGCCUGAAAGGUACUUUGUUGAGUCUGACUUUAUAGAAUUUGCAUUACGAAAACAAGAGGUAUUUUGAAUGUGCUUUUUCAGGCUACAUGGGUCUCCUCAGUUAUGACCCCUAUCCCACACCAUCCUAUCUUGAGAAUCCCUGCUCUGAAUCAGUGUUCUUCACCUUGACAAGUCACAGAUCUCCCAGGAAAUAUUCAACAAUUCCUUGAAGGGUCUUGAGGACCCAAUUUGAGAAACACCACAUGAAAACUUAAGCAUGGGUGGUCUUCACUUGCUGCCACAGAGACCCCAGCUGCUGCAAUCAUGGGCACCUCUGUUAUGUAAGAUGGCCAUCCAGGUAACCCAGAAUAAGUGUGUAUUAACUUGUUUAGAUUAUCACCAGAAGUAAAACACAACAUUUAAAAUGUUAUCACAGAAAACUUGCAAACCCCUCCCCCAAGAAUAGGUCUGUGAAAAUGGCCGUAUUUGAGAAACACUCUCCUAAAUGGUUUUCUCUUUUUCCCUCCACUCUACGAAAACUUAAAAGAGUCCCUGAUUGUGAAGUUCAUUCUAGAAUUGCAAUUUUAAAUUAAUUUUCUUCUGAAGUCUCUAGUGUGAAUGGUUAAUUGACAGUGAUUUUUGUCUAAUUCUUUUCUAUGUGUUCAAUAUCUUAAGGAAUGGUAUUAAUGUGAACUGCACCAUAUUAAAACUUUAUUCAUCUUUGUCCCCUACCAUUAUGAAUAAAGGCACAUGCUAUCGUCCUUCACUGAGUACAAA